AUGAGCAAGCCGAUGGCCAGUGGUAAAAAACUACUGAAAAGCCCGGUGAAAAAGCACCACGUUGCCUCAAAGACAUUUGCCGAGCAUCUACUGAAAUCCGAACUGGAAAUCACGGGGGCAAUAUCGUUUAUCGUUGUUUUGGCCUACUUUCUUGGAUUCCCGCUUGCACGCAAAUGUCUGCUGGUGUCUUACCGAUACGGCGCAGAUGCCUAUGCUAAAGGAUUGGAUGACUUGUACUUCGUCGCGUUUUGGGUGGUGGCAUUCACCUUUUUAAGAGCAGCCAUCAUGAAAUAUAUGUUUCACCCUGCUGCAAGGUUGCUAGGCAUCAAUCCUUUUGCCAAACGUCAACGACUCGCAGAGCAAGGCUUCAUAUUCACUUAUUAUGCCAUUUUUUGGUUACUGGGAAUGUAUAUCAUGUACCAUAGUCCGCACUGGUUCAAUACCUCACAAUACUGGAUCGAUUAUCCACACGUCCUCAUCACGCUAAAGAUGAAAUCCUACUAUCUCAUGCAGAUGGCAUUUUGGUUCCAGCAACUGUAUACAAUUCACGUAGAAAAACGACGAAAAGACCAUUUUGCCAUGGUGUCCCAUCACUUUAUCACCAUCACCUUGUUAGUAUCAAGUUAUUAUACCAAUUUCACACGGAUAGGCAACGCAGUGUUAUGUUGCAUGGAUUUGGCGGAUAUCUUCUUAUCUCUCGCCAAGAUUUUGAAAUACGUCAACCUCACCACAGUCUGUGAUAUCACCUUUGGAUUAUUCGCUGUCACUUGGCCUAUUACGCGACAUCUGUUUUUCAGUCUCAUUGUAUGGGCAACGAUAGUGGAACCGACGAAAUACCUGGAUAUGAAGUGGGAACCGGAAAAGGGCAAAUAUUUCACACCAGUUACGCAAAAGAUUUACGUGGUUUUAUUCUUAUUGCUCAACGCCAUCAUGAUUUACUGGUUCAGUAUGAUUGUUCGCGUGAUCACGGCUGUUCUCAGAGGCAAAAAUGCCGAGGACACACGAAGCGAUGAUGAAGAUGACAUGGCAAGCGAAGCGGAAGAGGAGAUCAAACAAAAGAAGAUGGGGAUGAAUGGAAAGCAGGACUAA